GAUGCUGUCCGUAUUAGUGAUAUCGGCCAGGACGACAACCCCUUUUCGCAUCGUUUCUAUGCGCGCGCUUUAACAGGUCGACCAACGGAUGACCAAGGCACGAACCAGCUUUUGGAGCAAACAGAGGCCCGACAAAGCAAAAGGUCUGGAUGCUGAUCAGUCGGGCGAUUACGUCAACUACGAGGUUGCUUUCGCGUACCAACACUUCCGGGCUCCAAGUUACGCUCAAAAAACAUACAUCUACUGGUUGGGUUCUUCCUCGGUGUAUAUGAUUGGUUGCAUGUCCCAGUCCCAAUGUGGAUUCAAGUUGAAGGUAUUGCAGGUACCAUCCGGCUGCGUAUACAGUUUAUUGAAAAAAAAAAUGGGCGUUCCUGCUGUGGAAGUCUCGGCGAUCCCCAUGGCUAAAGCCCUGCCUAACGUCCUCGAGCUUCCUCUGGUGUCGCGCUUUGUGAAGACGGCCCGCGUAUCAUCCUUGGGGACCUUAAUCUAGUUUACGAAGAGACAGCCUGUCUGUUGGUCACCGAUGAUGAGAUCAAGACUGAGGAAGCUGUCUCGCUCUUGCUUUGGGAUUCUGACCAGCUCGGCCGACGAUCUUAUUGGACGCGUC